AUGGAGACCUCAGGUGGAGGCAUCCACGCUCUAAGCGACGACGCUCUGGUGCACAUCCUUGUCCGCCUCCCAUCGGUGUCGGUGCUCCGUUGUCGCGCCGUCUGCAAGGACUGGCAUCGCGUCACCACCGAUCGUUCCUUCCUCGUCGCCCACGCCGCCAGCCGCCCGCGCGAGAUGAUCGUCCAAUUCACCCGCGACAUAUACGCGGCAGUGCAAGCCAUGUCUCUCGAGCCGACGCAGCAGCAGCCAUACCGCUUUCUUUGCGAUUAUGACCUCCCCGGCAACAUUGAGAAUGUCAUAUAUUCUCUCCAUGGUCUGCUUGUGCUAAGACAAAGUUGUGACCUCUUCGUCAUCUGCAACCCGGCCACCAGGCAGUGGACCAACCUGCCCGAGUUGGGUCCGCAAUCCCACUGCUUGCCCUUUGAGUGCGGCUUCUACUUCCACACUUCUUCCGGCGAGUAUCGCCUUUUAUGCCACGCCAUUGAGAAAGAGGAGGAAGAAUUUACUAAUUCUAAUUUCAAACCUGAGAUAAGGCGUCGCUACUACAUCCUCUCAGCCGGUGCCAUCCUACCACGUCGACUGGGGCCAGCUCCUUCCGACCCAUCUGGUGAUUUACCAAUGUACGAGGUUCCGGUGGCUUAUCGUGAAAACCUACAUUGGCUCUCUAGGCACCCUCAAGCCAACCACACCAAAAAGAUGCUAGCAUUUGACACGGCUUCCGAGACAUUCCGACUCAUGUCCCAACCCUCGCCAGACAAUACCGUGAGGACAUCCUUAUUUGAGCUCGAUGGGGAGCUCUGCGUCGCGGCUAUAUCACAGAGCUUGACAUCCCUGGACAUAUGGGGCCUACAAGACUACAAGGCGGAGACCUGGACAUUGCUCCAUCGGGUUCAUGUGCCGAUGCCCGUACUUUACAAACGCCAUGAAGUAUCGGUGAGCAAGGUAAUUUCUCUUGGGAACGGUGCCAUCCUCAUCGGAUGUCCUAAAUGUGACGUGGCCAGGAUGUACCAUCUCAAAGACAAGAGGAUGAUUUGCGAUGAUUUCACAUUCGGUAGUGUAGUACAUCCCAGAUUCUUGGUAUUUAAUGAGAGCCUCGUGCCACAUGCCUUUUUUGACUCCCCUCGCUGCCCGGAUCUCGAGACUAUAUACUUCUCCUAA